AUGGAUUGGGAAUUUCUCACUAAAGGGUCAGCAAAUGCGGUUUACAGAUACUGUGGCAAGGAUUCUCGAUUAGAGGGAAAGGUUCUUCGAGUGAGAUUGAAAGGUAACACAAUCAGAACUAGAGAGGUGUAUGAGUAUCUGAGCUCAUCGCUGUUUGAUGCCAUUCGACAUUAUAUGCUACAGAUACAAUUAGUGUCCCUUGAUAGGCAGCUAAUAAAAAAGCUUGAAGAAUUUUCACCCCAAGGGGUUCAGCUAGACACAGGCGACCCAGAAGCAUUGCUGAUGGACAAUGUAUUCAAGGGUCCUCUAAGUGAAUACAAACUGGUGAAGCUCAAUAAGUACAUUGUGUUCUACGUCAAAGAUGAAGAGGUUCUCUUUGAAUUCAAGCCGAAAUGGCUCUAUAAACCACCAAAAAGCUUUAGUACAUGUCGCAACUGUGCUCAGGCCAAGAUGAAAAAUCAAUCCUUUGUUAACUGCUGCCUUCCACUGAUCAACGGGAAGGAACAGACGGAGCAGUGGUUUCAAAGGAUCAUCGACGAAAUACAAAGACUGGGCCUUGAAAAGGAGAUUCCGCUAAAUUCCUGUAGAUCUGGGUCUUCGUUACUCGCUGAUCUCUACAAUGUCAUACAAGCCCUCUUUCGUCUUCAGAAUAAGCCGGGGUUUGACAUCCAUAGCGUUUUGAAAGAGCUAAAAGGAGCAUCUGAUGUGGACAACUUCCUCCUGUUGUCUAUGACGUUGAAAGAUUAA